AUGAAGGUGCUGUGCAGCGCCUGCGAGGCGGCGGAGGCGAGCGUCCUCUGCUGCGCCGACGACGACGCACUCUGCGCGCGCUGCGACCGAGAGGUCCACGCCGCCAACCGAUUGGCAAGCAAACACCAGCGCCUGCCCCUCCUCGCCCCCUGCGGCCAAAGUUCCGCCGCCGUGUCGCCGCCCAAGUGCGACAUAUGCCAGGAAUGCGACGCCUACUUCUUCUGCCUGGAGGACCGCGCGCUGCUCUGCCGUAGCUGCGACGUCGCCGUGCACACCGCCAACGCCUUCGUCUCGGCGCACCGUCGCUUCCUGUUAACCGGCGUCCAGGUCGGCCAGGAACUCGAGCUGGACGAGCUCUCCCGGGAGCAGCCAGAGGCGUCGCCUCCCCCGCCGUCGAAGAGCGAGCCGGCGCCGCCGCCGCUCUACAGCGAGAGCGACUUCGGUUGGGCUGCCGGCGCCGGCGGCGCUACCGGGAGCCUCGCGGACUGGUCGGCCGUGGAGGAGGAGUUCGGCUCCCCUGCCCCGCGCCUCGCGGAGGCCGCUCCCAGGGCCACGCCGAAGCGGAGCCCGCGGGCGCCGGCGCCGGCUUUCGGUGCCGGACAGGGACGCGUCGCUGGCGGGGUCAUGGAUUGGCCCCUGGGCGAGUUCUUCCGCGGCGCGGACAGCGGGAAGCUCUGGGGCAGCGCGGGUGGCUCCCCGUACUACCGCUCGUCGUCGGAGGACCGGGACACCAACGAGCUGUUCGGCCAGGUGCCGGAGAUCCAGUGGUCGGUGCCGGCGCUGCCCUCCCCGCCGACGGCCUCCGGCCUCUACUGGCAGCACGGCGGGCCCGACAGCACCGCCUUCGUGCCGGACAUCUGCUCCCCGGACGGCGGCGCCGUCCGCUGCUUCCCGACCGCCGAUGGCGCCGCGAAGCGCCAGAGGAACCGCUAG